UUAGUGGUCCCGUGAUGUCAGGAGAGCUAGCUUAGCAUCGGAACCACUCUAGUGUGUGUCUCCGUCUUCUGCCUUUCCAUGGUCCGGAUGGGACUGUCAGCUCACUGUUCGGCUCUGCUUUCUUCCGCGGACUCAGUACUUGCGGUUGAGGAGGAUGUCUGAAGGUGAUUCGCGGCUUGUCGGAGCUCCGAGGACCAGACCGGGAGCCGCUCAGUUCGCCGCUGCGGAGUCCGACGUCUGAUUUGGAAACAGGCUGCGGAGCUUCGAUCAUGUCGCUGUUCGUUUUGGAGCGACUGACAGAUUUUGGAGACUAUAGCGGCGGCGAACAGCUGUCAGAGACGCUCAAGCUUCAAAGCUGCCUGUCCAGAGUUCGCUCGAGCCCAGAUGGACGUCACAUUCACGUCUGCGAGCCUGAGGUCGGUCUUGUGACUUUUGACAAGUAUGAACGAGCCCAGCCGGUCCACCAGCAGAAGAAUCUGUGCGUGACGCGAGGUCAGGCCGUUGUGGAUGUGUUAUAUCUGAACAGCGACAGUCAGAAGUAUGUGGUGCUUGUGGUGUAUGAAAGUGGGAAAGCGGAGUUCUGGAGGUUCCAGGAGUGUCAAGGUGGCUGGUCCCUUUUACAGACGUGGGAGCUGUGCAACAGUCCCAGAGCCCGGCUCCUGUCUGUCUGCGUCUGCUCUGAUCUCAUCAUCUGGUGUGAGGAGAGACCCCCCUCAGAAGGCUCCACCACCACCAAGCUAAGAUACUGUGUUUGUCGACGGGAGUUUGGCAUCCACGAGGGGGCUGUCACUCUCGGAGGGGUGAAGGUCACACUGCACAACAACCCCAGAUUCACUGUGAUCAGCAGCGGCGAGUGUGUGCAUCUUCUUCCGGAGGCUGCCGCCAAGCCCCAGCUCAGCAUCUCCAGGUGUUUUCUCACUUGGUACCCGCAUCAAGACUUCUUUCGGAUCAGCACCACGGGUCGGAAUGUCCCGCUGAAGAAAGUCUGGGGUAAAGAAUCAGACUUUCAGAAGUUGGUACUGGACUGUUUGGGAUAUUUAUCAGCAAUCAACCCGCCGGAUAUACGCGGCUAUGCUUCUCUGCCGUGUGGAGAGCUGCUGCUUCUGCUCAGCACCGGGUGGGUGUGUCACCUGCAGAAGGAUGGGACGCUGCGACAGGUGCAUAAGCUUCCAGAACAUUGCACGUUAGAACACAGUAGCCUUGCUGUGUUCGAGGACACGCUGGCUCUAGCUGUAUGUGACCUUCUGCUCCUUAUUGACUUGAACUGCGGCAGAGAGCUGGGGAGAGUUCUCCUGCUGAAGCAAGGCGCACUGUUUACCAACCAGUCUGCGUGUCGGACGCCUCACUUCCUGUCAGAGACUGGCCUGUACGUCGUCGCGCAGCGAGAUGCUGACAGCAGAGACUCAAAGACGAAGUCGCCUGUGGAGCACCUCCACCCUGGUGCUCUCUUGGUGGAGGCGGUUUUUGAGGAAGCCUGCAAAUACUAUCAGCAGAGGAGCCUCAGCAGCACGCAGCUGACAGUGGAGGCUCUCAAGCGAGGAGGCAGAUUCCAGGCCCCCAUAUCUUUAGCCAGUAUCCUCAGACUUUACCUCAAUCUGGGCUCGACGGCAGAGCCGGUCCUCAAUGGAAGUAGCGGAAUCAACGACAGACACGACAAGCUUCAGUGCUCACUAGAGGCCGAGCUGAAGGCCCUUGUGUCUCUAGAGGAGGUCAAAAGGACGUUAGUGAGGGGGGGUGAGACGGAGGUGGAGGCCGUGUGUGAGACUCUGGUGGAGAAGGAGGUGAUGAGGCUGCUGUCCGUGUCGGAAAUGGACAAAGACAAUCUUCAGUACCUCAACUCCAUAUUCAGUGGCUUUCCUUGCCAAGCGUGGAGGGCAGCCCAGCGGGCGCUGCAGCUACACUACAAUGGAGAGGGGGUGUUGUCCACCCGAGCCUCGGCGGACGUCUGGAAAACUGUCUUAAGUCCCACUGGGACCUCUGCCCCCUCGCUUUUCACCCCACUCACCAACGGAGGACCGAAACACUCCUAUCACGAUGCUAAGUGUUCGCACCUCACCUUGCCCUCCGUCAUGCCGGUGUUUGAGCUCCUCUGCUGCUCAGUCCUCCACUUCCAGCCAACCUGGCUUCCCCAGUUCCUGGAGCUGGCUCAGCAGCAGCAGCAGGGUUCGGCCUCUCUGGGCCUCAGCUUGGUCUCCUCCUCUUGGAGCAUGAGUGGUACCAGAGGAGACGAGGCCACGGAGAACAAGGUGCCGCUCUACAAACGAACCCUUCGUGUCCUGAACAGCCACGACCCGGACCAGCACCGGGACCUGGAAGUGGAGGUGAUGAUGACCAGCGGGCGGCCGGUCGCCAUCCUCGAGGCUCUGAGGAUCCUGAUCAGGAGGCAGCAGUGGGAGCGGGUCAUUCAGAUGGCACAGAGGUUCUGCAAACAGAGCCCGUUUCUGAACAAGGACAUUUUCACCAGUCUGCUCUGCGAGGUGACUCAGCAUCGAGAUUUGGACCCCUACCUGGACCUUUUGUGGACCCUUUGCCCCGAGGACAUGACCGUCACCACACUUUUGAAUUUAAUCUUGAAAGACUUGCCCACCCCAGUCACGGCGCCCCCUACAUCUUUUUCUGCGUCAAGCUCCACCACUCCCUUCCCGGAUCCCCAGAGUGGUCGACUGACGGUGGGGCUCCUGAAGCCUCUGCUGAGGAAGGUGCUUCAGAGGGAGAUGAAACCCAGCCAGCACUACGUCGACAUCCUCCAGUCCCCAUCCUUCCCCCCACCAACACCCCCGCGCUAUCCUGUCCACCCCCCAGUCAGAGCCACCUCCCCUGAAUCAGAUGACCAGCAGGACUCCACUCAGAACUCUAACUUUUCCUUGUGAAUAAAAACACUCUUUUAGAA